GUCGCAUUCGCUCCAAAUCUGAGUCGAACACAUGGUCUGCGAGUUCCGUCAGCGGAAACAACGACAUUCGAAUCUCAGAUGCUGCCACGGCCCACCGGUGGCCUCAUCAAUCAGUUUGACCGGAAGCUUUUCUCUCACCUCAUUGCUCUUGACUAUAAUAGCCCCAAAUUCGCCACCAUCUCAAUUGACAAAAUAACGCGGUUCUUUUCUAUGACAACGUUCGAAUCAACCGGGGAGCCAUUCAAGCACCCCGAGGUCGUCAACUGCAUGGCUUUUCCUGAGGAGAUUGACUGUGACGAUAAUUUCGUCCAGUUCCUCAAAAAAAAGGGAGUCCAAACCAAUACACCCGCAUACAUAUUGACUUCAAGUAACCUACAGAUUAACCAUUACACCGGCCCAUCCAUACAAGAUGUGCGCUUCCACAGGAGAUUGUUCUACGCUAACAGUCACGACCAAACCAGGCAGAUUGCCUCGCGGGUUCUUUCAUGGUGUCGAAACAAUUUAUCCUCCCCGCCGCUCCAGCCGAUCCGCUUGAGAAGGCUCGCAACGCCAUGCACGGCACUCCCGAAUUGAGGGUCUCGUCGAUCGUUUCGCAGUCAGUUUCAACACUCGCAGUUCGGGGAAGACUGUUCGCGCUACUCGAACGGAGUCGCACAGUUCACACGGUAGCACCUUUCCUUCCGUGUCGCAAGACCCACCAAUGGGCCACCGGUGUAGAAGUCGCAGCCGGACGCAAGUUC